AUUGGCCUUCUCCUGCUGGGGGCUUCUCUGACCGGGACUGGACUCCCGGGAAGUGGACUGUAAGAAGGGGCAAACUAGCUGCUGACGGAAUAGGAGACCCCCGGCGUGAAGCGGCCUCUACAGAGUCGGGUGGACUGCCGAGGCGACGCGGCGACGGAGGCUGCUGUGAGGAGUGCUUGGGCUAGAGUCUGGGGCAGAGGGACCAUGGCCCCACAGAAUCUGGGCACCUUCUGCCUGUUGCUGCUGUACCUCAUCGGGGCCGUGAUCGCCGGGAGAGAUUUUUAUAAGAUCUUGGGGGUGCCUCGAAGUGCCUCUAUAAAGGAUAUUAAAAAAGCCUAUAGGAAACUAGCCCUGCAGCUUCACCCCGACCGGAACCCUGAUGACCCACGAGCUCAGGAGAAAUUCCAAGAUCUGGGUGCUGCUUAUGAGGUUCUGUCAGAUAGUGAGAAACGGAAACAAUAUGAUACUUAUGGUGAAGAGGGGUUAAAAGAUGGUCAUCAGAGCUCCCAUGGAGACAUUUUUUCACACUUCUUUGGAGAUUUUGGUUUCAUGUUUGGAGGAACCCCACGUCAGCAAGACAGAAAUAUUCCAAGGGGAAGUGACAUUAUUGUAGAUCUAGAAGUCACUUUGGAAGAAGUAUAUGCAGGAAAUUUUGUGGAAGUAGUUAGAAACAAACCUGUGGCAAGACAGGCACCCGGCAAACGGAAAUGCAACUGCCGGCAAGAAAUGCGAACCACCCAGCUAGGCCCAGGGCGCUUCCAAAUGACCCAGGAGGUGGUCUGUGAUGAGUGCCCAAAUGUCAAACUAGUGAAUGAAGAACGAACACUGGAGGUAGAAAUAGAACCUGGGGUGAGAGAUGGCAUGGAGUACCCCUUUAUUGGAGAAGGUGAGCCUCACGUGGACGGGGAACCAGGAGACUUACGGUUCCGAAUCAGAGUUGUCAAACACCCAAUAUUUGAAAGGAGAGGAGAUGAUUUAUACACAAAUGUGACAAUCUCACUAGUUGAGUCUCUGGUUGGCUUUGAGAUGGAUAUUCCUCACUUGGAUGGUCACAAGGUACAUAUUUCCAGGGAUAAGAUCACCAGGCCAGGAGCCAAGCUGUGGAAGAAAGGGGAGGGGCUCCCCAACUUUGAUAACAACAACAUCAAGGGCUCUUUGAUAAUCACUUUUGAUGUGGAUUUUCCAAAAGAACAGUUAACAGAGGAGGCAAGAGAAGGUGUCAAACAGCUACUUAAGCAAGGAUCAGUGCAGAAGGUCUACAAUGGACUGCAAGGAUAUUAAGACAAAUAAAAUUGGACUUUGUUUAAAA